AUGCUCAUUGAUAAGGGUGUGAGUUCCCUAUCACUGAGAGAAAGCAGGAUGCAGAAAACAGCUUACUAUGAGAACUCUGGACUUUUUGGUGGUUACACAUAUGCCAAGCCUGAAUCCUACAGCUACAGCUCCAGUCACCAGCCUUACUCCCAGUCCAGUCUAGAGAAUGAUUAUCCAAGCUCAGCUUGUUCAAUCCAACCAUCUGCUAUCAGGCCCCCAAACCAUAAGACUAGCGAUAUUAGUGGCAGCUGCAUGAGGACAUCUUCUAAUCAGAAUGCCAGCCAAACCACCAAUAUGAAUGACCAGCCUCACCAAGCUUCAUCCCUACCCCCCUCCUCACCCAGCCAUGGCAAUACCUCAACACAGAAAAAAAGCAAAUCCUCCAAUGCAUCCAACUCCUCCCAGGUUACCAUGAGUAAGCAGAUCUUCCCUUGGAUGAAGGAAUCAAGACAAAAUACAAAGCAGAAAAAUUCCAGCACCCCUCCAGGAGACAACUGCGAGGAGAAGAGCCCCACGGGCCCCUCAUCCAAGAGAGUGCGGACCGCGUACACCAGCGCCCAACUGGUGGAACUGGAGAAGGAAUUCCACUUCAACCGCUACUUGUGUCGCCCACGCCGGGUGGAGAUGGCCAACCUGCUGAACCUAACCGAGCGCCAGAUCAAGAUCUGGUUCCAGAACCGAAGAAUGAAGUACAAGAAGGACCAGAAAGCCAAGGGGAUCAUGCACAGUCCAGCGGGCCAGUCUCCAGACCGCAGUCCGCCAUUGAGUGGCUCCAGCCAUGUGGGAUAUUCAAGUCAACUCCCCACAGUCAAUAGCCUCAGCUACGACGCCCCAUCACCUACAUCGUUUGCCAAAUCCCAGCAAAACAUGUACGGCUUGGCUGCCUACACAGCCCCAUUGAGCAGCUGCUUGCCCCAGCAGAAGAGAUACCCUGGUGCAGAGUAUGACCAUCACACCAUGCAGAGCAACAGUGGCUUUGCCAACCCCAAUUUGCAGGGCAGCCCUGUUUAUGUUGGAGGGAACUUUGUUGAUUCCAUGCCAGCUUCUGGUCCUAUGUUCAAUGUGGGUCAUCUUUCUCACCCGUCAUCUGCCAGUGUGGACUACAGCUGCGCUGCACAGAUCCCAGGCAACCAUCACCAUGGACCUUGUGACCCCCAUCCCACCUACACAGACCUAACUUCUCAUCAUACGACUCAGGGAAGGAUGCAAGAAGCGCCCAAAUUGACGCAUUUGUAA